UAGUCCGAAAUUUUCUCGAUACAGAGAAACACACAGACUCGCCGUGUCGUGUCGUGUCGCGCGACGCCGAGUUGGGAAGACAGCCGUGUCCUCCGCGACGCUGAUUGAGGAAUUCGACUCCUUUCUCGGAACUUGGAUUUGUUGUUGACCUGAGAAUAACAUGAGGAUAGAAAAGUGUUGGUUCUGUUCCUCAACUAUAUAUCCAGGGCAUGGUAUUCAGUUUGUCCGCAAUGAUGCAAAGAUAUUUCGCUUCUGUAGAUCCAAAUGCCACAAGAACUUCAAGAUGAAGAGGAAUCCUCGUAAGGUGAAAUGGACCAAGGCCUAUAGGCGAUUGCAUGGAAAGGAUAUGACACAAGAUUCUACCUUUGAGUUUGAGAGGAAGCGUAAUAGGCCAGAGAGAUAUGAUAGGAAUCUCACAGAAAACACUCUGAAGGCCAUUAAGACAAUUGAUAAAGUCAGAUCAAGGAGGGAGGCCAAACAUAUUGAGACGAGAAAGAAGGGAAAGAAGGCCCAGCUUAUGAGAGAGGCAGUUAAGGAGCUGGAGCAAAGCAUCAGCUUGGUGAAAGCCCCAUCUGUUCUCAAGGAGGAUAAAUCUUACACUCUUCCGAAGAUCAAGGUCAAGGUAUCUCAAGAAGAGGCAAAGAAUCAACCCAUGGAAGAAUGAAUGUAGUAAUCUACAUGUUGCCGUGCUCAGAUAAUCCUCCAAUAUGCUGUACGCUAUUGUUGCGUGGAAGCAAAAGUUUUGUCCAUAAGACAACAUGCAUAUUAAAAUAUUUUUGUUGUGGUUUUGUUUUUGUUUCUGAUCAUAGGAAGUGAUGAAUUACACCUUUCAAAUAUGAUUUGUUUUAGCAAUUUGUUGGUACUAACUAUUUAGUAAAACAUGUUUUGAACUGUAUUGUUACCGUCCUAUGCCUACCAAAAUGGAAAAAGGAAUGAAACCUGAUUAU